AUGCGAAGGUCAUACCUUCAAUGUGUCAUCAAUGUCGUCAGCUUUCUCAGAGAGGUCCUUGACAUAUAUCAGGCCGGAAUCCUCCCAAUCGGUCCAAAGAACGCUUUCCCCCUACAAGUAAGAGUACUGCCAAUUUUGGCCAAGAAAUGCUGGCAUGUUGCGCAUCUGAUGGACAUUCUGCUUCAGUUGACGGCUCUGAGACACUCCCUGUCAACAAACCAACAAGUCGUAUCCACAAGAUGCUUAUCGAAUAACCUCACACCUUUCCGAGACGGACCACAGACCUCUGUGGCGCUGUCAGACACAGAUGCAAAACUCCCCUGUUUCGUUUUGCCAUCCACCAGACCUAGGAACAUGUUUGAGAUUCCCAGCGCCAUGGAAACGCUGGAGCAACACUUCAGAAAGCCUGACACACUCAAAAAAACCGGCGCAGAACACCUUCGUGCCCUAACAAUCACAAAUGAUGCCACUGCCAGUGGGAAGAGCAUGUUGACCCUUCAGUAUGCCGACAUGCUUCGUGCCCAAAAAGAGGUGGAUGCAAUAUUCUGGACCCCACACGGUAAUGUAGCCGAUGUUCGCUCUCAAACCUUCGGCACUAUGGUGGUUCAUCUCUGUCUUCCCGGCGCAAAACCGGGAGACUUCAAAACCAACGGCAGCUUGUUCCUGAACCUGGUUAUCAAAUACGGUGGUGAACUGGAGUACCAGUUUCUUCCCAACAGAUGCGGCGGUCAUGGACAAAUCAUCAUCACAUCAGACUCCCCUUUAACCUGCUUCACAUAUACUGACACCAUUCUCCACGUUGAUUUGAGCGCAGUCUCCUACACAGCCGCCUUUCGAGCUCUGUUGGAACAGAAUCGCAAUAAAAGCAAUUUUGACUGGCUGAGUGAUGAAAGAAUUACAGCACUGGUUGAUUUUGUUUGCAGCAAACUGUCGGCUGACUGCAGCCAUAUCCCAAAGCUUGUCGGUAUGCUCGGCCGGGGCGUUUUCGACAUGUCCGACAUCGAGAGCCGUUUGGAACACUCCUCGCUUCCUCGCUCCUCUUCUGAAAGUUUGUCAGAAACAGUUUUGGGGUUGGCGUUUGAGUCCUUGAGUCCACAGUGCCGCACAAUCCUAGGGAUCAUGUCGGUGAUAGAACCGACUUGCAUACCCAAGGAGCUGUUUGACCCCGUCUGUCUCGUGGAACGUCAUCCAUUGCUCAGCAUUCAAAUGGACGAGAAAUGGUAA